UUUCCUCCUUAAAUUCUUUUAAAUUAAUAAAACCUAAUUGAUAAUUGAGUUACAGUUGCAUUAAAUCGAAAAUAAAAUCAGAAUUUUAUCCCAAAAAACGAGCGUGAAAAAAAAACAUAAUCUCCACAAAAAGUUUAUUCGUUUUUCUGUGCUUCGCUUCUUCCACGCCACACACACUCGUCUCAAAUCGAUUUAUCACAAAAAAGCGAAAAGAGUGAUUUUAUCCGACCGACUUAUAUACGUUAUAAUAUACCUGCUUCACAGCAUUUUCAUUUGUUCGUGUUUUAAUCAAAUCUUGUGCAAAUUUCAAUUUGUGUGUUUAAUGUGAAAUUAAUUUCAAAAUUUACAGUUGUACAGUGUGUUGGAAGUUUGACAAUAAUUUUUCAUUUGCAUUUCACUCAAAGUGCCGUUUGAAAUGUCAGAUUGUGAUUUUCAUUCGCGAUGAUUUUUGUGUGUUGUGGUUUUCAUGAGCUUCGAUUUUUGGAGAUUUAAAUUUUGUUGACGAGAAUUUUGUGUGAAAAUUACGCAACGGUGCUCGUUCAGAAAAGUCGUUUGACAGUUAAAUGGCUAUCGCUUAAAAAUUGAAAUUUAUUGAAUUUGUGUAUUUCUGUGUGAUUAAAUGGAAUAAGAAAAUCAAUAGAUAAAGUCGAAUCGAAGAAGAAAAUUUAAAAGAAAAGUGCUUUGCACGAAAAGCAACAAAAUUGUAAUUAAAACGGUUUAUCGUUGGCAAUCCCCUGUUGUGUUAAUUGCAACGUCAUAACGUAUAACGGAAGUCAACAACUACCUACCGUCCCCCCACCAAAACGGAAAAUCCUUUGUGUAUUAUCGUUAAUUGUUUUUUGUGUGUUUAAAUAAAAUAAAAUUAAAACAAAAUAUAAAAUAAAGGGACAGAAGAGAAGAGUGAAAAAUAAAAACAAUAAUAACAACAACAACAACAAAAAUAAAAACUUAACCCUUGUAGUCCUUCCGCUCAAUUUGUUCAGCUGAGUUAUUUCUAUCUCUGUCGUCUAUUGAGCCCCAUCUUCCUUACUCUUUCUCUCACUUCAUCAUCUCUCUGUCUCUAAAUUUAAAAUUCUAUACUUGUCAAUAUUACAUAAUAAAAAUAUACCUUACUCAAAAAAGAAAAUAAUAAUAAUAAUAAAUAAAUAAUUGUUUAUUGAAUCGUGUGUGAUUGAGACAAAAGUGCAAAGUAAUUUUGUGGUAAAAAUGGCGGACCUUACGCGUCCGCCGUUUAGUGAAAUUAAGCGGCCGGAUGAAAUUGUCAGGAUGACAACGGCGGAUAAUUUGAAGUUUGCCGUCCUAAUCGGAUUGAUUGAAGUUGGACAAGUCACCAAUCGUGAAGUGGUUAAUACUGUUUUACAUUUGCUGGUUGGUGGUGAAUUUGAUAUGGAAUUAAAUUUUGUGAUACAAGACGCACAAAAUAUCAAACACAUGUUAGAACUAUUGGACCAUUGUCCGCCCAAUCUUCAGGCUGAAAUCUGGAGUGUAUUCAUUGCAAUCCUGCGAAAAAGUGUGCGAAAUCUUCAAGCAUGCACGGAUGUUGGCUUAAUCGAGCACGUUCUCGUCAGACUCCAGCGUUCGGAAACCGUUGUCGCAGACCUUCUGAUUGAAAUGCUCGGUGUCCUAGCGAGUUAUAGUAUCACAGUAAAAGAGUUAAAACUCCUGUUUGGUACGAUGAAAGCUGUCAAUGGCAAAUGGCCUCGACAUUCAGCGAAGUUAUUAAAUGUUCUCCGUCAAAUGCCUCACCGGAACGGUCCUGAUGUGUUCUUUAGUUUUCCCGGCCGAAAAGGAUCCGCAAUGGUCCUACCACCCCUAGCUAAAUGGCCAUACGAAAAUGGUUUCACAUUUACGACGUGGUUCCGUUUAGAUCCCAUAAAUUCUGUAAAUAUAGAACGUGAGAAACCCUACCUCUAUUGUUUUAAAACAUCGAAAGGGGUUGGAUAUACAGCACAUUUUGUUGGUAAUUGCCUUGUCUUGACAUCGAUGAAAGUCAAAGGAAAAGGCUUCCAGCAUUGUGUCAAAUAUGAAUUCCAACCGAGAAAGUGGUACAUGAUUGCCAUUGUGUAUAUAUAUAAUCGUUGGACUAAAAGCGAAAUAAAGUGCCUAGUUAAUGGACAAUUAGCGUCUAGUACGGAAAUGGCGUGGUUCGUUUCAACAAAUGAUCCUUUUGAUAAAUGUUAUAUUGGAGCAACGCCGGAACUUGAUGAAGAACGAGUAUUUUGUGGCCAAAUGUCAGCUAUUUAUCUUUUCAGUGAAGCCUUGACAACGCAACAAAUAUGUGCGAUGCACCGUUUAGGUCCUGGAUAUAAGUCACAGUUUCGUUUUGACAACGAAUGCUAUCUAAAUCUGCCGGACAAUCAUAAACGGGUGAGUUUACAUGCCACAAAUAAUGGUGGCUCCGACGACGAUGAUUCCACAGGUGAAAUUGAUUUGAAUGUGGCUGUUGCCGAAGCAUACGCGUUAGUAAAUGCACGUUUACAAUCUGAAGCUAGGGCAACAGCAGCCCAUCAUACAUUACCAAAUUCGUCAACAACAACUUCAUCAUCGUCAGCAACAACUUCAACAACAAUGGCAACAACAAAUGCCACAACCACAACAACAUUGACAACACUUACUUCUUCUGGCAACAUCAAUAAGACCGAAAUAGAAUCUUCAACUUUGGCAUAUCCUUCGGGAAGCCUUUAUUCUGCUUCAACUGACUCUCGAGCAUUGUCCAAGCUACGAAAAAUAUCAAAUGCAGACGGUCCUGGAUCUAUAGCAGCUGUUGGGGGAGCUUUCGGUGAUGCCGCCGAAGAAUUACUUAAUUUGAAAACUGUUCUUUACGAUGGUAAACUAUCGAAUGCCAUCGUCUUUAUGUACAACCCAGUAGCCACGGAUGGUCAACUGUGUUUACAAUCAUCCCCAAAGGGAAAUGUUUCAUAUUUUGUACAUACACCGCAUGCUCUUAUGUUGCAGGAUGUUAAGGCUGUUGUAACACACUCAAUACACUGUACGUUGAAUUCCAUUGGGGGUAUUCAAGUACUGUUUCCAUUAUUCUCACAACUUGAUAUGGCACAUGAAGGAUGCAGUGAUGUGAAGCGUGAUCCCACGUUAUGUUCAAAACUUUUGGGUUUUAUAUGUGAAUUGGUGGAAACAUCACAAACUGUACAGCAACAUAUGAUACAAAAUCGUGGUUUUCUGGUGAUUUCGUUUAUGUUGCAACGAUCCUCGAGGGAACAUUUGACGCUAGAGGUGUUGGGUUCAUUUUUGAAUUUGACAAAAUAUCUAGUGACGUGUUUGUCAGCGAAUAGUGAUUUGCUUCUUAAGCAGCUCUUCUGUUUCUCAUUUUUAACGUGGCAGCUGCUAGACCAUGUUCUCUUUAAUCCAUCACUAUGGAUCUAUACACCAGCAAAUGUUCAAGCACGACUCUAUUCGUAUUUAGCUACAGAAUUUUUGAGUGAUACUCAAAUCUAUAGCAAUGUUCGACGUGUCAGUACUGUUUUACAAACAGUCCACACAUUAAAAUAUUAUUACUGGGUUGUGAAUCCUCGAGCUAAGAGUGGUAUAAUUCCAAAAGGAUUAGAUGGACCACGACCAGCCCAAAAGGAUAUUCUAGCGAUACGUGCUUAUAUUCUUUUGUUUCUGAAACAGCUGAUUAUGAUAGGAAAUGGUGUAAAAGAAGAUGAACUACAAAGCAUAUUAAACUACCUGACGACCAUGCACGAGGACGAAAAUCUACACGAUGUCCUGCAAAUGUUAAUAUCUCUUAUGUCCGAGCAUCCAAGCUCAAUGGUACCUGCUUUUGAUGUUAAACAUGGUGUUAGAUCUAUAUUUAAAUUAAUGGCUGCAGAGAGUCAAUUGAUAAGACUACAAGCGUUAAAGUUACUAGGAUUCUUUUUAUCGCGUAGCACACACAAACGAAAGUACGAUGUUAUGUCACCGCACAAUUUAUAUACGCUAUUAGCUGAACGCUUAUUACUUUAUGAGGAGUCAUUGUCCCUACCAACAUAUAAUGUCCUUUAUGAAAUUAUGACCGAACAUAUAUCACAGCAAAUCCUAUACACAAGGCAUCCGGAGCCAGAGAGCCAUUAUCGACUGGAGAAUCCAAUGAUUCUCAAAGUUGUUGCAACCCUUAUUCGCCAGUCUAAACAAACAGAAUCCCUUAUCGAAGUGAAGAAACUCUUCCUGUCCGAUAUGACUUUGUUGUGUAACAGUAAUCGUGAGAAUCGUCGCACAGUUCUACAGAUGUCCGUGUGGCAAGAAUGGCUUAUUGCCAUGGCCUAUAUUCAUCCGAAGAAUAGUGAAGAACAGAAGAUCUCCGAUAUGGUUUAUUCACUGUUUCGAAUGCUGCUACAUCACGCUAUUAAACAUGAAUACGGCGGGUGGAGGGUGUGGGUGGACACACUGGCAAUUGUCCAUUCUAAAGUGUCAUAUGAGGAGUUCAAGCUGCAAUUCGCUCAGAUGUAUGAGCAUUACGAAAGACAAAGAACUGAUAAUAUCACAGAUCCUGCUCUGAGACAAGCACGUCCGAUAAGCACGAUUAGCGGUUGGGACCGGGAAGAACAACAACAUCAGCAACAGCAUGCAGUAAGUUCGGAGAGCAUUGAAACCAAUACCGAAGUCGAUGAGAACGAGAAACCUGUGACUCCGGUAGCUAUUGCCAUUGAGCCAAUGAUCAGCAAUGACGAACAAGCUUCGGACGGAGAUGUUCAAAUAGAGAAUGUUAAAUGUGCCUGUGAAGAAGAUGAGGAACCAAAGUCAGAUGAAAAAGCUGAAUCAACAGACCAGAAUGCCAAUAGAGAACCCGAAAAACCAGUUCAAUCCUCAACAGUGUCAAAUAUCACCGAUGUCUACAAUGCUCAGCUAAAGAACGAGCCUGUCUGUAAUGGCAACACUACAAAAGAAGACAUUACGGAAGAAGAAAGUGAAGAAAUUCCCGAGGCUCCUAGUUCUGGAGGGGGACAGGAGGCUCUUAAGAAAGAUCUCGACCUUGAACCGGAGGACUUGGAAGAAGUAACUUUAGCAUCGGGAGAACCUAAGUUAGACGAAGAGAAAAUUGUCACCGAGGUAUUGGACAAUUCAGAAAAACUUCUCAAUCACUGUAAGGAGGUUUCAGAUGAAAUUCUAUUGAAAAACGCUGAAGAAGCAGCUUCGUCUGUUAUCAAAGACGAAGAAAUUGAAUUGGCAGUAAAUGAAGUUGUACAGGGUGUUCUGAAUAUCGAGAAGAAACAACAAAACUCCACAGCACCAGAAACUACUACCACCCCUACCACCGAUGAAGAAGCUGACAAAGUUAGCCUUCUGAACUCGAAAAAUCUUAGCAAUAAUAACAAUGAAUCCGAGUCCAUGAUAGAAACAAACGACACCACCACAACUACCAUGACUAUUGCAUCUGCCACAAUAGACACAUCCACAAACACAACAACAACAACCCUAGAAGAUACCAUUGAUAAUCAAAAGACUGAUUUAUCGUUAUCAAGUGCAAUACUUAUUACAAAUAAUAAUGUUAGUAAUAACAAUAAUAAUAACAACAAUGUUGAAACUGAUGUUACUCAAAGUAGCAGUACCACUGAUACUAAUACAACAAUAACAAGCGAUAGUACUUGCAAUAGCUUUAGCAGUGAAGAGAGUACCAGCAGUAUUUUAGCAACAAAUCCCAGCACCACCGUAACAAUAUCGGAAUCGUGUGAAAGUCCAGCGAAACAGGAGGAAACCCAAGUUGAAGAAUUGGUUCAGGACAUAGUCGAUGAAGUGAUCACGGAAUGUCUGGACGUUGAUGUGAAUAAAACAGCUGAACCCAUAGAUGAGACUUCAACAUCAACAACAACUACCGGAGAGAAAAAUAAUAACGAAAUUAAAAACGAAAAGACUGCGGAAGAACUUGAAGACCAAGCUCGAGAAGUCAUCGAUGAAGUCCUGCACUCAGCUGCUGAGACAGCUAAUUCAACAACUACAAUUAUUGAAAAUGAGGGUGAAACUAAGGAUUCAACUACUGAUUCCAACUCCAAUGAUGAAGUUGCAGUAAAAGAGGAAGAACCCGUCAUUGCAUCAUUGCCAAAAAUUGAAGAUAAACCGUCUUCGACCACAAACUUAGAUGACAAAACACCUACACCACCAGAAAGUCCAACAAAGGUCUCUGAAGUGGAAGACAAACCACAAACAAAUGCGGAAGCAACAGCAAUAGAAACAACAACAAUAGCAACAGACCCAGAAUCAGAACCAGAAAAAGCACCAUCGCCAGCGCCCGCAGCAAUGGUCACCACAGUCUCUACUUCUACCCAAUCGUCACCAUUUAAACAAGUCCCUGAUCCAACAAAUGCUGAUGCAGGAGUAAAUAACGAGGAUGUCCUCGAGGAGGAACUAGAGGAAGAAGAAGAAGGAAGUAUAGUUGAAGAAGAACACGAGGAACCAGUGGUGGCGGAAAUUUCGGAACCAUCGCUAGUAGAUAGUGUGAAACCAAACAAUGUGGUCGUUAGUCCCGUUUCAGAGGUAGAUUCACAAACGCAAACAUCACCAUUGGCACAAAACAGUCGAACUAGUGCUGAUGGCGGUAUAAUAAAUGAUGAAGCAGACCAACUGCAACAACAACAGCAGCUGCAUCAGCAUCAGCAACAACAGCAGCAUCAACAGCAACAGCAACAAGAUGAAGGACGAGAACAACCACAAGGACAGCCACAGAGGCGGUCACAACACAGUACGAGUACACAAGUGGAGAACAAUCAUUUCGACAAUAAAAGGACGAAAUCCGGUUCGACACGUCCAAUGUUUAGCCCAGGACCAACACGUCCGCCAUUUCGAAUACCUGAAUUCAAAUGGUCUUACAUCCAUCAACGACUGUUAUCUGAUGUGCUUUUCUCACUGGAAACCGACAUUCAAGUAUGGCGUAGCCAUUCGACCAAGAGCGUUUUGGACUUUGUUAAUUCCAGUGAAAAUGCAAUAUUCGUCGUAAAUACUGUCCAUCUGAUAUCUCAAUUAGCUGAUAAUCUUAUAAUCGCCUGCGGUGGACUUUUGCCAUUAUUGGCAAGUGCAACAUCACCAAAUUCGGAGUUAGAUGUCCUAGAGCCAACACAAGGUAUGCCACUAGAGGUGGCUGUGUCCUUUCUACAACGUUUAGUCAGCAUGGCUGAUGUGUUAAUAUUUGCCACAUCAUUGAAUUUUGGUGAAUUGGAAGCAGAGAAGAAUAUGUCAAGUGGUGGUAUCCUGAGGCAGUGCCUGCGUUUGGUUUGUACAUGUGCUGUGCGCAAUUGUCUUGAAUGUAAAGAACGAACGAGAUAUAAUGCUGGUGGCAUUGCAAGGGAUGUACCUGGAGCUGCACACUUGCAAGCACUUAUUCGAGGCGCGCAAGCAUCACCAAAGAAUAUUGUUGAGUCGAUAACAGGUCAAUUAUCACCAGUCAAGGAUCCAGAGAAGCUGUUACAAGACAUGGAUGUCAAUCGGUUGAGAGCUGUUAUAUAUAGAGAUGUGCUUAUGAAAAAAAAGCUAGGAUCCAAUAUUGCCUAUGCUUCAUCGGAAGAAACCAAACAAGCUCAAUUCCUGUCGCUAGCCAUUGUAUACUUUAUAUCCGUUCUAAUGGUCUCCAAAUACCGGGACAUUCUUGAACCACCCGCUGAGCCACAAGUAACUCGUCAAUCACCAAUAAUGCAACGAGGAGCUGCUGCCGAACCAACAUCAAGGCCAUUAUUCCCCCAAUGGUCACACCAUGUGUACCCUCAGUUCUUGCCCGGCUCGAAUCAACAAUCCGGCCAGCAACAACAACAGCAGCAGCAGCAGCAGCAACAACAGCAACAGCAACCUCCCUCCAUUAAUAGCAAUCCCCCUCAAAUGCAACAUCAGCAACAUAAUCAUCAGCAUUACUAUCAACAACAGCAACAAGUGGCGCCCGGGUGUUCAGUUGGUGCGCCCUCUAUUGGUGGCCACCACACACAUCAGCAUUACCAUCCGAUGGCGUAUGGCGUGGGCCAAGUUGAUCCCUCGUCACCUCCAUCUGGCGGAGGGGGCUCAUCGUCGCUUUCCUCAUCCUCACAGCCUGCUUCAUCAUCGUCCCUAUCUAGUGUUGCAUCUCAGCCCCAGCACCAGCAUCAACACCACACACAUCAUCAUAGCAUGAAACAACAGCAACCGCCAUCAUCACAACAUUUCAUGAUGAAUGGUUCAUCAACAAAAAUGGCGUCAAUAAACAGUAAUAGCGGCAGCCAUCACAUUAUGCACAACAAUCACAGUAGCACCAAUAAAUAUUCAAAUGACAUUCAAAAUACAAAUAAUUAUUAUCUUCGUGGUGGAGGCGGAGGGGGAGGAGUAGGCGGUGGCGGCGGAAACGGAAGCGGCUGCAUGGUGAAUGGUGACAGUCAUCACUUACACAAUGGCGGCGGUGGCGGCCAACUUUCUGCGCCACCUUCUGGAGGCAUCGUUAACUCGAUGCGUAAUCGCAAUGGCAUGGGGCCCAGCAUCACUGGUGGCGGACAGAUUAGCUAUAAAACAACCAACGGGAUAAACAAUAAUUACCGUUAUCGCAAUAACACAGGCUCUCGAACAAUUCAGGAUGGUGACUAUGAAAUCAUUGUUGUUGAUGAGAACAAUCCUUCAGUGUUGGCUGAUAACGAUUCACACUCAAGUGGACCUCCUUCAAUUAAGAGUAAUAUGGGUGUAACGGCGGCAGCGGCGUCCAGUGGCAAGCCACUACAGCAGCAGCCACUUUCACCACCAAAACCUGUAAUGCCAAAAAAACUACCAAAGAGCGUCGAUUCUGAUGCAGCUUCAUUGAAUAUGAAUUCAACAGAAAACGAAGUCCAAGAAGUUGAGUCUUCGAGUGAAAUAAUGGUCGAUGAUAACAAACCUAGCAAUUCGAAUGACGAAAGCUGGACAGAUGUCAAUUUGAAUGAGGACGGUAACGAUAAGAUGCGUGAUAUGGAAGGCAAUAUUCAUCAUCUAGUGCCAAUAAGUGCCGAACGUGGUGAUAAACCUGAUUCGGAGAUAUCGGUUGUACGUGUUCCCCAGGACAGUUUUGGGGGAGGUUCGGCGUCUGCUGGACAAAGAUCAAGGCCGGAAGAGUUGCCAAUUAAACCACCACUAGUUGGUCAACUUCCAAUGACUACACCAUCCCGCGAAGCUAGUCUAACACAAAAGCUUGAAAUUGCUUUGGGUCCUGUGUGUCCAUUGUUGCGAGAGAUCAUGGUUGAUUUUGCUCCGUUCCUUUCGAAGACUCUAGUCGGUUCGCAUGGACAGGAAUUGCUGAUGGAAGGCAAGGGUUUGACAACGUUCAAGAAUAGCCAGUCAGUUGUGGAACUUGUAAUGUUGUUGUGCUCGCAAGAAUGGCAGAACAGCCUUCAGAAACACGCUGGCUUAGCUUUUAUUGAGCUGAUCAAUGAGGGCCGUCUAUUGUCGCAUGCGAUGAAGGAUCAUAUUGUGCGAGUGGCCAACGAAGCUGAGUUUAUCUUGAACCGGAUGCGUGCCGAUGAUGUCCUCAAACACGCUGACUUUGAGUCACAGUGUGCACAGACUCUACUAGAACGAAGAGAAGAAGAACGCAUGUGUGAUCAUUUGAUCACUGCUGCUCGACGAAGAGACAAUGUGAUCGCCAGUAGGCUGCUGGAGAAAGUCCGUAAUAUCAUGUGCAAUCGACACGGAGCCUGGGGUGAGUCAAGCGGAAGUGUUGUGAAACCGGCGUACUGGAAACUCGAUGCGUGGGAAGAUGAUGCCCGUCGACGCAAACGAAUGGUUCAAAACCCCCGAGGAUCGAGCCAUCCACAGGCAACCUUAAAGGCCGCUCUGGAGAAUGGAGGGCCCGAAGAUGCAAUAAUGCAGACUCGAGAUGAGUUCCACACACAAAUCGCUGUCACCCGAUCUCAUCAGUCAUCCCAACACUCUACAGAUUUGCUAGAUGACGCCGAGCUGCUGAUCGAGGAUCGCGAACUUGAUUUAGAUCUGACUGGGCCGGUCAACAUUAGCACCAAGGCAAAGUUGAUCGCUCCAGGGCUAGUAGCUCCCGGAACAGUAUCGAUCACCAGCACCGAGAUGUUCUUCGAAGUCGAUGAGGAUCAUCCCGAGUUCCAAAAGAUCGAGCAAGAAGUCCUGAAAUAUUGCGAUCAUUUGCAUGGGAAAUGGUAUUUCUCUGAAGUUCGAGCAAUAUUCUCGAGGAGAUACCUCUUGCAAAAUGUUGCACUGGAAAUAUUCCUAGCAAGUCGGACGUCGAUCUUGUUCGCUUUCCCCGACCAGCACACGGUCAAGAAAGUCAUCAAAGCUUUGCCCAGAGUCGGAGUGGGCAUUAAGUAUGGCAUCCCACAGACGAGGCGUGCAUCCAUGAUGUCUCCACGUCAGCUAAUGCGCAACUCAAAUAUGACCCAGAAAUGGCAGAGGCGUGAGAUAUCCAACUUUGAAUACCUAAUGUUCCUCAAUACGAUUGCCGGACGUACCUACAACGACCUCAAUCAAUACCCGAUUUUCCCAUGGGUUUUAACUAAUUACGAUUCAAAGGACCUGGACUUGAGCCAACCUUCAAACUACAGAGAUCUAUCGAAGCCAAUUGGAGCACUGAAUCCCAGUCGUCGAGCAUAUUUCGAGGAACGCUAUGAGAGUUGGGAGAACGACACAAUUCCACCUUUCCACUAUGGCACCCACUAUUCGACGUCCAGCUUCACUCUGAAUUGGUUGGUGCGUGUGGAGCCUUUCACCACAAUGUUCUUAGCCCUGCAAGGUGGCAAAUUUGAUUAUCCCGAUCGGUUGUUCUCGUCGGUGUCACUGUCCUGGAAAAACGCCCAGCGAGAUACUUCUGACGUCAAGGAACUCAUUCCAGAAUGGUAUUUCCUGCCUGAAAUGUUCUACAACUCGUCGGGCUAUCGGUUGGGUCAUCGAGAAGACGGAGCAUUGGUCUCCGACGUCGAGUUGCCGCCAUGGUCGAAGAGCCCUGAAGAGUUUGUUCGCAUCAAUAGGAUGGCAUUGGAAUCGGAGUUUGUUUCGUGCCAACUACAUCAAUGGAUUGAUCUGAUCUUUGGCUACAAGCAGCGAGGACCCGAAGCUGUGCGAGCAACAAACGUCUUUUACUACCUCACCUAUGAGGGAAGUGUUGAACUGGACGCAAUCGCAGACCCCGUGAUGCGCGAGGCUGUCGAGAAUCAAAUUCGCAACUUCGGCCAAACCCCUUCACAGCUGCUGAUGGAACCCCAUCCUCCACGAAGCUCGGCCAUGCAUCUGUCACCGAUGAUGUUCAGUGCGAUGCCCGAUGACGUUUGCAUGUCGAUGAAAUUCCAUCUCAACUCGCCCAUAAUACACAUCUCAGCGAAUACCUAUCCGCAGUUGUCGCUGCCUUCGGUGGUGACAGUCACAGCCGGUCACCAGUUCGCAGUGAACCGAUGGAACUGCAACUACACUGCAUCCGUCCAGAGCCCGAGUUAUGCGGAAUCGACGCAAUCGGCUGGCUCAAACCUACCACUUACUAUGGAUCCUGUAUUGUCAACACAAAAUACUGGACACAAUAAUCCGAUGAUUCGUCGUCAUUUGGGAGACAAUUUCAGUCAAAUGUUGAAGAUCCGAUCGAAUUGCUUUGUCACAACUGUGGAUAGUAGAUUCCUUAUUGCCUGCGGCUUCUGGGACAACAGUUUCAGGGUUUUCUCUACAGAAGCAGCGAAAAUCGUUCAAAUUGUCUUUGGCCACUUUGGUGUUGUCACCUGCCUUUCACGAUCAGAAUGCAAUAUCACCUCGGAUUGUUAUAUUGCUUCAGGAUCAUCGGAUUGUACAGUGCUCUUGUGGCAUUGGAAUGCCCGAACACAGAGCAUCGUUGGAGAGGGUGAUGUUCCGACACCAAGGGCUACCUUGACGGGACACGAACAAGCUGUUACUUCGGUUGUGAUUAGUGCUGAAUUGGGACUUGUAGUUUCUGGAUCCACAAACGGCCCGGUUCUAAUUCACACUACAUUUGGUGAUCUUUUGCGAUCACUAGAUCCUCCCUCAGACUUUUAUUCACCAGAAUUGAUUGCAAUGUCCCGUGAAGGUUUUAUUGUGGUCAACUAUGACAAGGGUAAUGUCGCUGCGUUCACAAUCAAUGGAAAAAUGCUACGUCAUGAAUCGCAUAAUGACAAUUUGCAGUGCAUGCUUUUGUCACGGGAUGGUGAGUAUCUAAUGACAGCAGGUGAUCGUGGUAUUGUUGAAGUGUGGAGAACUUUCAAUUUGGCACCACUGUAUGCAUUCCCAGCGUGUAAUGCCGGAAUUCGAUCAUUGGCACUGACACACGAUCAAAAAUAUCUCCUUGCGGGUCUAUCAACAGGAUCAAUUAUCGUAUUCCACAUUGACUUCAAUCGAUGGCAUCACGAAUACCAACAGCGUUACUAAUGUAUGUAUGGAAUAUAUCACAAACAUCCAAGAUAUCGAUAUAACUAAAAUACAAAAACAAGACAAUUCGAAAAGUCGCCGUAAGAAAAACUAAUUUUUACACUAAACACGAAAUUAAUUAAAAAUAAAUUAAGCAAAUUCUACAUUAUGAUAUACAUCUCCAUAGUGAAGCCAAAACUAAACUUAUCACCGAAGUACUUACAUGAAAAAAUACAUUAUUGCAAUUCUCUAGAAAUUAAUUUAACUACAUUCCCUUCCUCCUCUUAAAGAAAUCGUAUUUAGCAUAAAGAAAAGGUAGAGAAAAUAAUUUUUAAUUUAAAGUUAAUAAUUUUAAUUAAAAAAGAUUACAUCCUACUAAUCUUUAAUUCCCUAUACAAAACAGUGGCCAAAAUACUUAAAUUAAAAUAAAUAAAAGGAAGACGGAGAUUGUAAAAUUAAACUAAAAAAGUACGUUACUUAGGAAAAAAAAAACAAAAAUUAACCAUAAUUAAAAAAUAACUUUAUUAGUAAAAAAGUUCGUUCGAAAAUAAAGAUUUUUUUGAAAAAAAUAGACGCUUGGUUAAAACAAAUAUAAAACAGAAAAGUAAAUAACUUAGUGCUUUCUCUCUUAAGAGGAAUAAAGUGUUGCUUAAGUGCGUUUAAAUAGAUUUCAUUCAGAAACUAAACAAAAAAGUAAAAAAUUAGAAAAUAUUUUUCAUAAGAAAUAAAUAAUAUAUUAUUAAAAAUAACAAAACAAAUCGAAAGCUAAAGAAAAAGAAAAAGAAAACGAAGAAGAUCAAGUGAGAGUGCAGAAAUAAAAACAUGUUUUUUGAGUAAAAACUGCCGAAAACAAUGUAAACUUACUUAUGAUGUAAAUAUUGUGCUAAAAAUAUUAAUUUUCAUUUUUCAGUUUUUUGUUCUCUCUCAAGUUAAACAAAAAUUAUGAUGAUUUUAAAAAUCAUAACUGCACUUUUCAAAUAAUUUUUUUAAAUCGUUCGGCAAAAAUAAAAUACAUAAACUAUGAAAUUAUUCAUAAGUUCAAAAAUUCAAUCUUCGAAUUUUAUUCGCAUAUAUAAAAAUAAAUUACUUCGUAAUCUUCAAGACUGUGUAAACAGUCGGGUAAGUAAGUUUGAAAAGUUCUUGUUAAAUAAAACCUCCUUAACUAUUUGUACUUAUUUUGAUGUUUUUAACUAUUUUUAAUAAAUUGUCCUUCACUUUUAGUCCAAUAUCAAACUAACGUCCUUUUAUUCAAUUUAAAAAAAAAAAACAUUUUUUUUAUUAUAAUUUACAACAAUUGCAGAACAUGAACAUUUGUUUUUUAAAACUUAAAUCUGCAUUUCAAUUCCUAUCAUAUUUUGUUGUAUUAAUAUUAAAGCCAACAAAAACUUUGCUUAAAAUAUUAUUUAGCCAUUUUUUGUGUUAGGCUCAACAACAAUCAUUGAAAAAUAAUAAAUAAAAGACAAACAAAAGAAAAAAACAAAACCUAACUGAAAUAAAUCAAUAUUUAUAUACAUACAUAAAAAUAAAUAAUAUAUUUAAUAAAUAUAAAAAAAUGUGAAAGUAAUUAAUACCUACACUAUUUUUGUGAAAAUGUUAACAUUCCGCCAUCCAAUAUUAUUAAAAAUAUUAAAAAAUAAAAAUUAAAAAAAAAAUACAAAAAAAUUAACGCUUAGCUAAUAACUAAAUAUAAAUAAUGUAAGUUUUAAACACGAAAUAAAUCUAAUACUAUUUAAGGAAAUAAAAAAUAUUAAAAAUAUAAUUAAUUAAAUAAAAUAUGGCGCAAUUUUUUUAUUUUUGUUUCUUUUUUUUCUAGAAAAUAAUAUUAACGUAUUUUAAAAAUACGUUUUCGCUAUUCUGUCCAAAAUUAUUAAAACAAAAAAGAAAAUACCAUUAAAAAACAUGGAGAAAAAAAAUCAUUUUUAAUGUUAACUUUAGAUUUUAAAGUAAAACAUAAAUAUGAACAUGUUAAACAAAAAAAAAAAACAAAGAAAACAAGUGUAAAUAUUUAAACAAAAUGGUGUAGAUCUGUUAUAUUUUGUUUUCCUUUAUAAAGCAAUUUUGUUAAUUAAAUUAAGAAAAGAAUACAAAAUGGUGGUGGGUUCUCGUUUUCGUUUUUAUUUUUAUAAUUGAUUUUUGUUUUUAAAUUAACACUCAUAUAUUUUUUAUUUUUCUUGUCAAUUUCUCAAUUAUGUUUGCAAUUAUGAUAAAUGUAAAUAUAGAGUAAAUAAAUUUUAAAUAAAUGCCAAAUAAAAAUACAUGAGAAAAAAAAGUAAACUUUCAAAAAGCAUAGCUGUAGUUUAUUCAAAAAGCCAGCAAGAUUUUUUAUUUUAUUUUGCAGUAAUUUAUAAAAUAUCUAAAAUGAGAAAAUAAAUUUUAAAUUAGAAAACACAAUUUUUGUAUGCAUCAUUAAUAUAAAUAUAGUAAAAAAAUUAAACAAAAAAAAAAUAAAAUAUGACACAAA